AUUAAUUCAGAAGAUUAUGAAAAAAGUUUACACAGUUCCAACACCAAGAGAGUAGAAACCAAUAGUAUCACAAAAGAGUUAAUAGGAUAUUAUGAUGUAACAUUCAAGUAUUCAUGUGUAGAUAGAAAGGAUAAUUUGGUUAUGUUCCGGAUCAGGCUACAAAAAAAGAAUAGGCUUCAAAGCCUUCUAGACCAUAUUUAAUAUUUAAACCAUAGUUAGUGGAAGAGAUAGAUGAGAACAACAUGAAAAAGUUGAAGUUAUCUUUCCAUAACUCUAUAACUGACCUAUAAACUUUUGAAGAAUUAGCUUAAUUAUAAAACCAAAGAGAAUCCACUCCAAAUUUGAACUAAACUCCUACGGAAAAGUCUAAGACUUUUGUCAGGUAGCUCUUCUUUAUACUAAUAAUAGAAAGUCUAUGAGACACUUAACUCAGCUAUGA